AUGCUUGAGAAUGCGAAGGUGUCAUACCAGAUAUGGGACGGGCGAUACCCAGCACCUACUGGGGCAAAGGUGGUCUUCACUUGUGAUGAGGGAUUCACGGAUGGAAAGUCGCAGCACCAGGCCACUUGCUCCUCAAUCCCUGAUCAUUGGUGCACGUCCUUCCGCUCUGGCAAUGUGAAAUGUUCAAAACCGGUUUAUCCUGAGUGCCGGAAAACGGAGAGAGGCAAGGAGUACGUGGGAAGACGAAACGAGACUGUGACGGGGAAGAAAUGCCUCAGAUGGGAUUCCAAGCCCUACGGAAAACCGAAAGACUUCGUGGCCACGCUUCUUUACGAGGAGCAUUUCUUCAAUGAGGACCCGGGCUCCCAUGAAAACUAUUGCAGGAAUCCCACUUUGAAGGAAAGACCCUGGUGUUUCAUCUCCGACUCUAAAAUCGAGUGGGAAUUCUGUGACAUCCCAGUUUGCGACGAUCACGUUCCACUGGAGUGCAAGCUGACACAGAAAGGUGGAGAAUAUAUGGGAACCAAGAACAGCACCAUUUUAGGGAUCCCAUGCAAGCCAUGGUUGAAAAUGCCAUUGUCAAGCCAAUAUCGCAAAUGGAGCCAGAGAAUCCCUGCCUUCUCAGAUGAAGUGCAAGAAGGGCACAAUUACUGCAGGAAUCCUGGGGGUCGUCCUGCCGGGCCUUGGUGCUACUACGGCACCUUGGAACAUGAAUGGCAGUACUGCGACGUCCCCUUCUGUUCUCUUCCAGAACGAGAAACGAGUGGAAUUCCGAAAAUUGGAGCGGUUUACCCAAAUUGUCGGAUGACGAAAAUGGGCAGGGAGUACAUGGGCAAUGUUAAGACAAGCGAGACAGGGAAGCCGUGCAUGAGAUGGGGUGAAUUCCGAGACAUGAAACGAUUCCCAGACGUGAUGGUGAAGCACUUCCCACUCUCAGUGGAUCCCAAACAAAUAAUUCCUUUCUUUCAGUUGUUCAUUAAUAAGGAAUUUCUCGAUGCUUUGAAUUACUGUCGAAACCCGGGAUCGGGAGAGAGACCGUGGUGUUUCGUCUCCAAGAAUCCUUCCAUUGAAUGGGAAUACUGUGACAUACCCUUCUGCGACGACCUUGUUCCAAUGGAGUGCAAGCUGACGCAUUACGGCGGAGAAUAUCUAGGGAAAAAGAAUGUGUCCAGGUCUGGGAAACCAUGCCUACCAUGGCUAAGCCGAGUUUCAAGUGGCAGCCAAUAUGACGACGUUCUACCGGCCUUCUCGGAUUCCCUAGACAGUAGACACAAUUUUUGCCGCAAUCCAGAUGGAGCUAUCUCCUCACCAUGGUGUUGGACUACCACAUCUGGCAAAGAUCCCCAAAUGGAGGAAUGCGACAUCCCCUUUUGCUUUGAGCUCUUGCUGGAAUACCCAAGCAAC